AUGCCUCCCUUUCCCCUCCUCCGUCUUCCUCGAUUGGUCUUGUUCGAUGUAUUUAGAUCAUUGAGUAUCGCAGAGAAAAUCAAACUUUCCCUCUGCUCCAAGAAAAUCUCCACUCAAAUCUAUAAUGAUCGUUUGUACUCUCAAAAGGUUAUAGUCAGUCUGGACAUGAUCAACCAAGGAAUCAGAGUUCACUCUGAAAAUGACAAAGAUGCAUUUAAAGUCUUCAUUGAUCUAGAUAUCUGGAAACGGUUCUAUUCAAAUUCUGGAAAAACUUGUCAAGAAGGAUUUCUAUCUGUUAUUCGGCAUCUAUUGCAAAUGUUUCAAUGCACGAUUUCAACUGAUCUUUCUUUCAAUAACAGUGAUUUGUAUGAACUGACUAUUACUGAGUUGGUUGAUCUACAAGUGGAGUUCAAGGCGCUCAAUAUCGUACUUGAUGGAUCAAAAGAUCAAAACUUGUUAUGGAAUCAGAUAUCCAGUAAUUUUGGACUGGUUGAGAAUCUUAAAGUCCUAUCCGAUACUACUAAUCCUGGUUUCCAACCAGUUUUUUCUUCAUGGCCGCAGAAUAUUAGUAUCAGCACAUCCGCUUGGUUUACUCUGGAAUCUCUUUUGGCGUGCACUUCCACUAAAAUUAUACUUUUGCAGUCUCAUCUGGAAAACAAGGAUCUGGAUGAGGUACUCAGAAAAUGGAGAGCUGGAGAGUUGCCGAAUCUAGAAUAUCUGUACAUCGGAAGUCACAAUAUUCAAACUAAUAGAACAACAAUUUUGGGAAUGAAUCCUUUGGAAUUGCGGGGAAAGGUUAUCCAAACUGAUGAUGGAUCAAAGAAGGCAACUAUUAAACUUAGCAUCUUUUGGAUUGAAAUGGAUGUGACUCCAUUUGAACAAACAUAA